UUGUACGGGGCAAAUGAUUCUGUAUCGGCGCGUUAUCUUCUUCAAUAAUACCUUUACCACUUUCCACAGUUUUCCACCUCAUCCUUUUAACGUCGUCACCUAUUGCGGCGAGUGUCGAACGUGUAUUCCGUGCGAAUAUUCCAGUUACAUCUUUGUCUCAAACUGACAAAGUACGCGUCGGGAAUGUCGUUUAAAAAAUCGGGCGAUUUUCGUAUUCGCGACGCGAACGUGAGUGAAUUCCUUAGACUGCGAAAACUGAAAGGAGGAGGAGGAGGCUCAGGAGGAGCAUCAGGCACCGGCGGAACAACGUUUAGAUCAACAUAUGAACAACUCCGCUGCUGCGCAUCGUGCCGGUCAUUUAGUCGCAUGAUUCUGCAUUAUCCAAUCUCUGUCCUGAGGAGGCGGACCUUUGAUUGUGGAUCUUCUGUUAACAGCAAAUUGGAAACUGGAGAGAUUGACACGUGGACAGCAGAAGCCUCAGCCUUCAGAUAGAUAUUACACGCAGAGCAUACGUUAACCUCAGAUGCACUAAUUCGCGAUGAAACGACGUUACGGUGGCAAACAUCCGCGUGCACGCAGUUGCGUCACAUUGCUGCGACGCUGAAAAGGGUGUUUUGAAUGGAAGUGCUGCAUCCGAAUCGAGGUAACACGAGGAAGAGGGACGAGAUCAAAUCGAUCGUCGGAUCGACGUGUUGCGGCAAAAACGAUCGUUGCCUCGAACAACAAAUUUCACGCCAUGAAGACCGCGUGGAUCCUCUCGUUGGUGAUGUCGCCGUUGCUGGUGUUAGGUAGUCCGCCGGGUAGCACCUUUAGAGAGGGCGGCAUCAAGGUCGGGACCAGCAGGGGUACGGUUCCCAAGGGUAUAAACGUGGUCAGAGGUAAUUCGGCGGUUCGUAUUGGCGAAGGCAGACUCUCAAAUUCUACGAGGCAACGGCCGUUCCCGACUACGACAACUACGACCGUACCUCCUGCACGCUUCACAUACACGCCGCAGUCUUCUGUGUCAAAUAACUACAACGUCACCGACCUCAAGGUGGGCAUGAUGGUGCCGUAUAAAUCGUUCGGCACAAGGGAGUAUACUAGAGCAGUCACCACCGCCAUCAACGUGCUACAGAAAAGCACGAGAGGUCCGAGGUUGGGACUUUUUCAGCGAUACGAUCUACACGUCAAAAUAGCGAUGAAGGAGCUCACACCCAGUCCUACUGCGAUCUUAGACUCGAUUUGCAAGGAGUUUCUUUCGGUGAACGUAUCGGCCAUCUUAUACCUUACGAAUUACGAGCAAUACGGACGCAGUACGGCCAGUGCUCAAUACUUUCUUCAAUUGGCCGGCUACCUAGGAAUUCCUGUGAUCGCAUGGAACGCCGAUAAUUCUGGUCUCGAGAGGCGAGCAUCGCAGAGUAGCCUGCAGCUGCAGCUGGCGCCGUCACUGGAACAUCAGACCGCGGCGAUGCUGAGUAUCCUGGAGAGGUACAAGUGGCAUCAGUUUAGCAUAGUCACCUCGCAAAUAGCUGGUCACGACGACUUCAUACAGGCGGUCAGGGAGAGAAUCUCCGACAUGCAGGACACAUUCAAGUUCACUAUACUGAACGCCGUUCUGGUCACUCAACCGCACGAUCUGCAGGAACUGGUCAACAGCGAGUCUCGUGUGAUGCUACUGUACUCGACCAGAGACGAAGCUACAAACAUCUUAAAACAUGCCAGAGACUACAAAAUUACCGGCGAAAAUUACGUGUGGGUUGUCACGCAGAGCGUUAUUGAGAAUCUGCAGACACCCGCCCAGUUUCCAGUCGGAAUGUUAGGCGUGCAUUUCGAUACAAGUAGCGAGAGCUUGGUAAGCGAGAUUACAACGGCAAUCAAGGUCUACGCUUACGGUGUCGAGGACUUCGUCAACGACCCAAAAAAUGCAAAUCGUAGUUUGAACACACAGCUGAGUUGCGAGGGUGCCGGUGAAUCACGAUGGAGCACUGGGGAUCUAUUUUUCAAGUAUUUGAAGAACGUCUCCGUUGAAGGUGAUCAGGGAAAGCCGAACGUCGAGUUCACUCAAGACGGUGUGUUAAAGGCGGCGGAGUUGAAAAUUAUGAAUCUUCGACCGGGAGUUAGUAAGCAGCUCGUCUGGGAGGAGAUCGGCGUCUGGAAGUCUUGGGAGAAAGAGGGUCUGGACAUCAAGGACAUCGUCUGGCCGGGCAAUACCCACACGCCUCCGCAAGGCGUGCCGGAGAAGUUUUACCUCAAAAUAACCUUUCUAGAAGAGCCACCCUACAUCAAUCUUGCUCCGCCUGAUCCUGUGACCGGAAAAUGCUUGGUGGAUCGCGGUGUUCACUGUCGAGUGGCCAAGGAGUCCGAUAUAGUUGAAAUGGAUUUGCUGACAGCACAGAAGAAUGCGAGUGUUUAUCAGUGCUGCAGCGGAUUUUGCAUCGAUUUGCUGCAGAAAUUUUCCGAGGAAAUCGGCUUCACUUACGAGCUCGUAAGGGUGGAGGAUGGCAAGUGGGGUACUUUGGAGCACGGGAAGUGGAAUGGGCUUAUAGCUGAUCUCAUCAACAAGAAGACUGACAUGGUGAUGACCUCGUUGAUGAUCAACUCGGAAAGGGAAGCAGUGGUCGAUUUUACAGUACCUUACAUGGAAACUGGUAUCGCUAUUGUCGUAGCAAAGAGAACGGGCAUAAUAUCUCCCACCGCAUUUCUAGAACCGUUUGACACGGCUUCAUGGAUGCUGGUGGGUAUUGUUGCUAUACAUGCGGCAACAGUAAUGAUUCUGCUCUUCGAAUGGGCAUCUCCCUCCGGUUUCGACAUGAAGAAGAAUCCAUCAACGAACCAUCGGUUCUCCUUCUGCCGCACAUAUUGGCUAGUCUGGGCCGUAUUAUUUCAGGCUGCCGUCCAUAUCGACUCUCCCAGAGGAUUUACAGCCAGAUUUAUGACGAACGUCUGGGCGUUAUUCGCCGUGGUAUUCCUCGCCAUUUACACUGCCAAUCUGGCUGCCUUCAUGAUCACGCGGGAAGAGUUUCACGAGUUCACUGGGGUGGACGAUCACAGACUUGCUAGGCCAUUUUCGCACAAGCCCAUGUUUAAAUUCGGCACUAUACCAUGGAGCCACACGGACAGCACACUGGCAAAGUAUUUCAAGGAAAUGCAUAACUACAUGAGGAGUUUUAACAAGAGCAGCGUGACAGAUGGUAUCGAAGCCGUCAUCAGUGGAGAGAUGGAUGCGUUCAUUUAUGACGGCACAGUCCUGGACUAUUUGGUCGCGCAGGACGAGGAUUGUCGACUGCUAACCGUGGGAUCAUGGUACGCUAUGACGGGAUACGGUCUCGCGUUCUCCAGGAACUCAAAGUACCUACAGAUGUUCAACAAGCGGCUAUUGGAUUAUAGAGAUAACGGAGAUCUAGAGAGAUUGAGAAGAUACUGGAUGACUGGUACGUGCAAACCAGGAAAGGAAGUACAAAAGAGUAGUGAUCCCUUGGCGUUGGAGCAAUUCUUGAGCGCGUUUCUUUUGCUGAUGAUGGGUAUUCUUCUGGCAGCGGUCUUUUUACUUUUGGAGCACUUGUAUUUCAAAUACAUCAGACAGCACCUGGCGAAAAGCGACGAUGGUGGCACAUGUGCUAUUUUCAGUCUGAUAAAGCCCACCCAAACCAAGAGGAAAACCGGAAGUCUCGGCUGGUGGCGAGGGUGCUUCCAGAGCCCGGACCCCCUUUCACAACCGGAGCCAUUGGCGGUGGAAGCUCCGCAUCCGCUACCGCCAUACUUCGAUUCGUACAUCGACGCUGUCGAAGUUGCCCGUCCGAGAGACAUGAGCAGGAACCAUGUGGUCAGCACGGAAUACGCCGAGAGGUUCUUGCCCACAGAGAUUUACAGGAUUCCGGAUGAUGAUGCAACCAGAACGGAAAUCGCCGAAAUGGAAACAGUUCUGUGAUCGUAAGAGGAUCGGGUGCAGUCGCCUAAUCGCGCAACGCCGAAAGCGGAAGCGCGUAGGACAGACUGGCAGGCCCUCAAAUACUCCGGAAACCAUGCGAUGUAGAAAUCGCCCCCUGUUGCUCCUGCCUCGAACAACGAGUCCCACCCACAUCAUCCUCUCGCUCGGACGAAGACGCUGAUCCGUUGAUAUCGAUCCUCGGAGACUGCCGUUGUGCGCGCGGCGGAACAACGAGAGGAAGAACGUCGUCAGUGCCUGUCGAUGAUCCAGAGUCGACUAGCGACAAAAAAAAAUAAAGAAACAACGCCAUGACUCGAAGAUAUUUUCUAACUCGAAGAAGUAUAUUCGUUGUUGGCAUUUACGUCACGCUCCCGAGAAAUGCGUUCUUUGUGUCCCUCGGAGUAAGUGUACUGGAAGGAAUGCGCUCGCAUAGCGCUUGUGCAUUCGUGCGACGGUGACUGCGAGGAAAAUGUUUUUCAAAAGCUGCUGAAUCUUCGUGAGAUGUUCGGAGGAACAUUCGAUAAUCAAGCCAGAUUGCGGCCUUCAAAUUGGAUGGAGUUUUUAAUGCAUAAUCAAUAACAGGGAAUCGUGUCGUCGAUGUCGAACGAUAUGUUUCGUGCUCGAGUAACUGUGUGUAUGCGCAGAUUUUUUUUUGUUUUUUUCAAAAUUUCAAUCCGUGCCUAAAAUCGUCUGGACACAUCUCGCAAUUAUUUAUCUAUGCGUUGGAUGAUCGAUCUUGAAGUAUUGUUGAUGCCCUAACUAUUCGACAAUUGAAUGAAAUUUCAAAUCCUUGUGGAAUACUUUGAGAUGCGGUUAUCUCAUUGAAACAAUUAGUUCCCAUCCUUUGCUUUUUCGUUAAAUAUUCAUACAUUUUCACAAUUAAAGAUCAUUCAUUAGUGGGCAAAAUUUCUAAGAAAUUAAAAAGUAUAUAUUACACUCUAUACGGGUAUUCAACAAUGGAAUAGAAAGCAGAAAUGAUUAAGCGUGAUAUUAUCCGUGAGACACUUUUAUCUAUUUUAAUUCUAAUACAAGAAUAAUUGGAAAAACCUCAAUAAAAAGUUACGUGAUAGCUGGAACCAAAGCCACUCGCAAAAGAAAAGGCACACGUUUAUUCAGGCACCAACAAUGCAAUAGAUAGUUAUAAAAUUCCUAAAAAUCUUUUAAAAAGGACACAUUUAGCUUUAUAUGAACUUGCGUCAGUUUCCAAAUAAGUGUCAUACAGUGAUACGUCGAAUGCGGACAACGCAGAAGAAUCCAAAAACUGAAAACUUAAUUAAUAUCUUGAUGGAAAAUGUCAAUGUGUACCAUACGAGAUAACUACAUGAUACCUAAGCAUGUAUGUUGGAUAAAGUUAGUGUAAAUGAAUCGGUAUAUAUAUAGUAUUACAUAUAUAUAUAUAUUUAAUAUGGUUAAUAAUGAAAUAUUCUAAAGAAAAACCUACUUUGAGGACGUAAUAUGCUCAAACAAAAAAUAAUAUAUAAAUAUAAGAUGAAAAAUCGAGCCACAAUGCGCGCGUAUGGCGGAAAGUCAGGACUCUUACGUUACUUGAAAUCGGACAAAGUAAUUAAUAAGAAUAAACAUAAUCAAUAACAAAAAAAAAAGACAGAUGAAACAACGUGGAUGCAGCGAAUCAAAAAGAUUACAAAUGGAGAAUUGGUGAAUGUGAAAUGUUUUAUAUCUGUACUCUUACGACGGUGCCUAAAAUCGUGGUUUAUAUCGGAUAUGUGGUAAAGCGAUCAAUCAAUAAGAAUUAUUAUGCAUUCUUCAAAUACUUCCAAGAGCUCUACAUAAAUUUUUCUAGAUUGCAUAAAUCUUUAAUAUUCUUGAGAGGAGGCAGACUGUCGUCGUGAUCUUUGACAUGAUGUCCUGGCAAUCCGCAAUGGAUGAUAAACUCGAGAUAAUGAACAAAAAAAAAACCCUCGAGCAAAGUCGGGUUUCACGUGCGCAUCGGAUUCGACAAUUAGAAUUAAGAUUUUAAGACUUACAUCGCUGUACAUAAUCGCAUUGAAUCGUAUGAGCUAUAAAAAUGCACUGCAAGCUAGUGUUCUUUUUUUUUAUCAAAUAAAAUAUCAAAAAUCUAAAUAAAUUUUUCUUCAAUUUUU